UUAUACUUCUUCCGCUUCACGAUUCAUUCACGAAUGAUUCAUGAAUACGAUAGCCUGUUCAAGUCGGAUAGAAAAAUUGGUUUCAUUGACCAUAGACUUUGAAAACUCCGAAACAACCUCGUUCCUUGGGAGCUUGUUUGAUCCCUCUCUAUGACUUUAAGCAUAUUAAUUAUUAGAAGCUCGUCGACUUCUUCCUCAUACGUUGCUUGGAUUUCUUAACCAAAAGGUGCGGGAGAAGGGGAAUAGAUGAUAACCCUGAUCAGUCUCUGAGCCAUAUUUGCAGAAUACCCGGUGGGAAUUUGAUGAAAUAUUAAUGUUGGCGAGACAAUUCAAUCUGCUCACUGCGCUAUUAAUUCCUCGUAGCGAGCCCAAUUGACAUAUCGAUUCGUUAAUAGAAGACCCAACUGAAGCUUUUUGGUGCCCAAAGUCUAAUAGUGUCUUUCAUCUUUGAAGAAUGGCCGCGGUGCAAAAUCAAUUAGAGAUCAAGUUUAGGUUGACUGAUGGAUCGGAUAUCGGCCCCAAAAGCUUUCCCGUUGCUACAAGUGUUGCAAAUUUAAAGGAAAGCAUUCUUGCUCAAUGGCCAAAAGAGAAGGAGAAUGGUCCAAGGACAGUGAAAGAUGUCAAGUUAAUAAGUGCAGGCAAAAUAUUGGAGAACAACAGAACACUAGGGGAGUGCCAGAGCCCAUUAUGUGACAUCCCUGGUGGAGUCACGACCAUGCACGUCAUCGUUCAGCCACCUUCUUCAGAUAAAGAAAAGAAAGGAGCAAGCCAACCAAAGGAGAGCAAGUGUGUUUGUGUUAUAUUAUGAUUUACAGUUUUAAAUAGUGGACGUGUCAUUAUUAUCAGGUAAAGAGUAUUGGAGCUAGUAAGACAAUGAAAGUUGGUGGCUUGCUUUGAUGCAGAAGUAGGCACAUUUGUCAUUGGUCAUGUUUCAUUUCAGGUUAACGAUUUCCUCAUAUAGUUGUUGCCUUUCUUUGAUUCGGUAUAUUUUGUUCAUUGUUAAGUACAUCAGAGUCUCUUAUAAUGAAAUCCUAUCUCCAAUUUUUGUCUUUAA